AUGUCUUCAAUUCCUUCUUCGAUUCCUUCUUCUCAAAAAGUCGUCCUAUUUAAUAAGACAGGAGGACCAGAAGUGCUAGAAUAUGUGGAUUUUGCCAUCCCAAAGAUAGCAGACAACGAGUUGCUCAUUAAAAAUCGAUACGCUGGUAUCAAUUACAUUGAAGGUUACUUUCGGACUGGUCUUUAUCCGGCAAAGACUCCUUAUGUAUUGGGUCGUGAAGCUACUGGUGUUGUCGUCAGAGUUGGAAGUGCCGUCAAAGGCUUCCAACAGGGUGAUAAGGUUACCUAUUUAUCAGGCUCUACUUUCGCCCAGUACACGAAGUAUCCUGCUGUCGGUAACUUGAUCAAGUUGGAUGCCAAAGCCGACGAUGAGAAGAUGAAGUUAUACUCGGCCUCUCUAAUACAAGGACUUACUGCUCUCACGUUCAUCAACGAAGCAUACAAUGUCCAGCCUGAUGACUAUAUUCUUGUCACGGCUGCUGCAGGUGGAGUUGGUCUAAUUCUAGACCAGUUGUUAAGUAAGCAGAAGAAAGCGCAUGUCAUAGCUAUUGCUUCUACAGAUGCCAAGUUGCAGAAGGCCAAAGAAGCAGGUGCCGAGUACUUGCUAAACUCCUCUAAGUUGUCUCAGGAUCAACUCGUUGCCAAGAUUAUGGAGUUUACAAAGAAUAAGGGUGUUUCUGCUUCCUUUGAUUCCGUUGGUAAGGAUACAGCCGAGCUUUCUCUAGCUGUCUUGGCCAGAAAGGGAACAUUUGUGUCGUUUGGUAAUUCAUCUGGUGCUGUUCCUCCUUUAAACAUCUCAAGACUCGCUAAAAAGAACUUGAAGGUGUUAAGGCCUCUGUUAUUUGGCUAUAUCGCUGAGCCUGAAGAGUUCCGGUAUUAUUUGCAGAAGCUCUUCGAUCUUAUCGAUAACAAGCAGUUGAACAUCUCCAUCUACAAGGUCUAUCCUCUUUCCGAGUACAAGACGGCAGUUAAGGAACUUGAAGGCCGUAAAACCUCCGGUAAGCUUCUCUUGGAGAUCCCUCAGUAA